ACUUGUACUCAGUUGCCUGUAAUGCAUGCGCAGAUCGUUGAUGGAAACUAAAUUAAAAACUGGAACAACGCUCAUUGUUGACCGUUAUUCGUACUCUGGGGUUGCUUUCUCCUCUGCCAAAGGACUUGACCUUGAAUGGUGUAAGGCACCAGAGAUUGGGUUGCUAUCUCCAGAUCUGGUACUUUACCUUGACAUACAACCAGAGAAAGCUGCAGAGAGAGGAGGAUAUGGAGGUGAGAGAUAUGAGCAGCUCGAGUUUCAGAAGAAAGUUGCCAAAUGCUAUCAAGUCCUCCAUGAUGCCUCUUGGAAGAUAAUUGAUGCCUGCCAACCAAUAGAAGAUAUUGAGAAACAACUGCAAGAAAUUGUAUUGGAUUGUGUCAUGACAUGCCAGAAAGGCAAACCCCUUUCCAAUCUUUGGUCAGGUUAACUCUUGCAGCCUCUUAUUGUUAUUUAUUUCCCUUCACUAUGGAAAGGGAUUAUGCAUUUGUAUCUCUGCAAACUUGUCCAAGAAUUUUUGAACACCUUUGUAUGGGUUUAAAAUUCUGGUAGUGUUUUACGAUCACUUUCAGCCCUUGUUUUAAUGACAAAGGAGGUCUCUGAAUUUAAUAGUUGAAUUAAAUUGUGAAA